AUUCCUUUGACUGAGCAGACUGCUUUCUUGGAGGCAUGUGUCACUGAGGGAGUGAUAAGCAAACAGGAACUUGUUGUGCGGUGACAUACGGCUGGGUAAACGAAACACGACUGGCGGGGAUCACGGGUCCUAUCUGUUGUGUGUUUUUAUUCUCACAGGACUCCGCAUGGAGCCAACAAAUCUACAGAAAGCUAUUGCCGUAGCCCAGAAGGCCUCACAGGAAGACCAAGCUGGGAACUAUGAGGAGGCCAUCCGCUCCUACCAACAUGCUGUCAAGUACUUUCUGCACAUUAUAAAACGUGAACCCCAGGGUAAAGAUGGCAACCAGAAGAUAAGAGAUACAUGUAAACAGUACCUGGACAGAGCAGAAGAACUACAGGAGUACCUAGCGAAUAAAGAGUCUAUGGCCAAACGCAGUAAUGUAUUCGAGGCUACGUCUUGA